AUGCAGGGCUCACAGGGAAGAUGUGGCGUGAGUCAUGCAGGGCUCACAGGGAAGAUGUGGCGCGAGUCAUGCAGGGCUCACAGGGAAGAUGUGGCGCGAGUCAUGCAGGGCUCACAGGGAAGAUGUGGCGCGAGUCAUGCAGGGCUCACAGGGAAGAUGUGGCGCGAGUCAUGCAGGGCUCACAGGGAAGAUGUGGCGCGAGUCAUGCAGGGCUCACAGGGAAGAUGUGGCGUGAGUCAUGCAGGGCUCACAGGGAAGAUGUGGCGUGAGUCAUGCAGGGCUCACAGGGAAGAUGUGGCGCGAGUCAUGCAGGGCUCACAGGGAAGAUGUGGCGCGAGUCAUGCAGGGCUCACAGGGAAGAUGUGGCGCGAGUCAUGCAGGGCUCACAGGGAAGAUGUGGCGCGAGUCAUGCAGGGCUCACAGGGAAGAUGUGGCGCGAGUCAUGCAGGGCUCACAGGGAAGAUGUGGCGCGAGUCAUGCAGGGCUCACAGGGAAGAUGUGGCGCGAGUCAUGCAGGGCUCACAGGGAAGAUGUGGCGCGAGUCAUGCAGGGCUCACAGGGAAGAUGUGGCGUGAGUCAUGCAGGGCUCACAGGGAAGAUGUGGCGUGA